ACACGGGGGGAGGGAGCGGAGCUUCCACCGAAGGAGGAGGAGGAAUUGCUGCUGCAGCCGCCGCCGCCGCUAUUGCCGCCCUCCAAGCUGUGGCAUCGUAAAUAAAUACCAGCGUAGGGGAUCCGCGCGUGCACGAAGCUCCACUCCACUCCCCCCACCCUCCCCGCCCCUUGGCUUUCGUUCCCGAGCCGGCGCUUUUGGAGAAGAGAGGGGGGGAAGAAAAAGGCUUUUUGAUUCUCCAGCCUGGGAUUUCGGAGCUUGGAGACGCCGCUGUGGACUUACAAUAUCCUCGCUGCUGCUGCUUCCAGCACCGUUUAAAGAGACGCCGGGAGGAACAGACGGUGCAACUGCGCGCCUUUCCUUCUAAGCCGCCCCCCCCUCGGCGGGGUGGUCUUGCUUUUUUUUUUUUGCAAAGACUUGGAUUGUGCUAUUCUUAUUAAUUUUUUGCACCGAUCUUGGGGACUUUUCCAGCCGCAAGUCUUGGCCGGAAUCUGAAAAAAAAGAACCGGCAACCCUCCAGUGCCAUGCCCCUAACUGUCCCGAGCUUGAGUUAUCCCAGCCGGGCGUACGAUUACGACUACGACUCCAUCCAGCCCUACUUCUACUAUGAAGAUGAGGAGGAGAACUUCUACCUCUCGGGCCACCACCGGGGCUGCGAGCUCCAGCCGCCCGCCCCGUCCGAAGACAUCUGGAAGAAAUUUGAGCUGCUGCCCACACCGCCUCUCUCGCCCAGCCGCCGGUCCAGCAGCUUCCCUUCCCAUGCCGACCAGCUGGAGAUGGUGACGGAGCUGCUGGGCAGCGAGGUGGUCAACCAGAGCUUCAUCUGCGACCCAGACGACGACGCCUUCGUCAAGUCCAUCAUCAUCCAGGACUGCAUGUGGAGCGGGGGCUCGGCGGCAGCCAAGCUCCAGAAGGUGGUCUCGGAGAAACUUGCUUCCUACCAGGCGGCCCGUCGGGACGGGGCGGGGUCCCCGCUGUCCCUCCGCAGUGGGAACAGCAGCGUUAGUGGCCUCCCGUCGUCUUCCUCGCACAGCUCUGCCUCUUCUCCCAGCAGCAGCAGCUCCUAUCUACAAGACCUGGGAGCCUCUGCGGCCGAGUGCAUUGACCCCUCGGUGGUCUUUCCUUACCCUUUGGGGGAGAAGACCCCCAAAGCUGUAGAAGCGUCUGCCUCCUCGCCUGACCCGUGCCCGGCUUCCUUGCUCGGCCAAGAUACGCCCCCAACCACCAGCAGUGAUUCAGAAGAGGAAGAAGAAGAAGAACAAGAGGAGGAAGAGGAAAUUGAUGUGGUUACUGUGGAAAAAAGGCAACCUUCAGCCAGGAAAUCCGAGUCCGUGGGACACACAUCCGGGGGUCACAGUAAGCCCCCUCACAGCCCACUGGUCCUCAAACGUUGCCAUGUCCCGAUCCACCAACACAAUUAUGCCGCCCCUCCUUCCACGCGCCACGAAUACAGCGCCAGCAAAAGGCUAAAGUUGGACAAUGGUCGGGUUUUGAAACAAAUCAGUAACAACCGCAAAUGUUCGAGUCCGCGCACCUCGGACUCUGAAGAAAACGACAAAAGGCGAACGCACAACGUCCUGGAGCGGCAGAGGCGGAAUGAGCUAAAACUGAGUUUCUUUGCGCUGCGUGACCAGAUCCCCGAAGUCGCGAAUAAUGAAAAAGCUCCUAAAGUUGUCAUCCUUAAAAAGGCCACCGAAUAUGUCCUCUCGAUCCAAUCCGAGGAGCAUAGACUCUUAGCGGAAAAGGAGCAUCUGAGGAAACGACACGAACAACUCAAAAACAAACUUCAACAGUUGAGGAACUCUUGUAUUUAAAAAAAAAAAACAAUUUAAGUGUUGCUAUUAAUAUUAUUCAAGCCUAUAAACAUUGGGGAGAGAAGUGGACCUAGAAAGGGGUAAAAUAUCAACCUGACAUAAACGUGUGGAAAACGUUUAGCGCGUCUCAUAGACAUUCAGCCUGACGUAAAUAUCGUAAUGGACUCCAUUUUGAAAAACCACAGAACUCUUUGCGAAUGCAUGCCAAACAGCCGUCCA